AUGUGUUCCAAAGGAAAAUUUACAGAAAAUGUUAUUAUUGAAAACUAUGUUGCUGUGGUGACUGGUGCUAAUAUUGGAAUCGGUUUUGAAGUUGCUAAAGAAUUUAAUUUGAGAAAAGCAAAGGUGAGAAUUAUAUGUAUUCCUAAUGCAAAGUCAAGAUUUUAGGUAUACAUGAUAUGUCGAAGUGAGAAAAAUGCAGAUGCCGCAAUAGUUCAACUGGAAAAUCUUGGCUGCGAUUCGUCGCGUCUUCAUUUUAUUCAAUGCGAUUUCACAAGUUUUAAAAGUGUCAAAAAUGCAGCAAAUGAAUUACUUGGACUUGAAAAUCAUAUUGAUAUCUUGGUUAACAAUGCGGCUGUUUUGAUGCCAAAAUUUGAGUUGACAGAAGAUGGAUUUGAAAAAACAUGGCAGACCAAUUAUUUGGGACCAUUUUUGUUCACCGAAAUUUUGUUGCCAGCGAUCAAUAAAUCAGAGAAUGGCGGAAGAAUUGUAAAUGUCUCUUCAAUUGCUCAUGAUAGGGUUGAUAUAUUAGACUUUGACCAAAUUAAUAAUGAAAAUCAAUUUGGUGAAUGGAAAACUUAUGGAGAAAGUAAAGUAGCAAAUGUGAGUUUCUCUAGAACACUAAAUUCAUCAAACCCAAUUCUUACAUUUAGAUUCUUCAUGCUCGCCAACUCACUCGCCGUCUCCACGAAUCUAAAUCCUCUGUCACUAUCAAUUCUCUUCAUCCAGGAAUUGUGAACACCGAUUUAUUGCGUAAUACAGUUUUUGCGAAACCAGGUGUUAUCGCAAUAUCCCGAUUUUUGGCCAAUAUUUUUUUGAAAUCUCCACUUGAUGGAGCUCAAACAGUUUUAUAUUUGGCAUUGAGUGAAAAAGUUGAAGGAGUUUCGGGAAAGUAUUUUAUGUGAGUCAGGCAGGAGAAAUCAAGUUUUUCAAGUAUUGAACAGGAUUUUUCCAGAGAUUGCAAACUUGCUAAAGAAUCCAAACUUGCAUUGAACGAUCAAAUCAGUGAGGAUCUGUAUAAUUACAGUAUGGAAAAAGUUUCGAAAUUUUUAUAA